AUGCUAUGGGAAACAACAGCCCUGAAAGAGCUUGUCACGACACGGUAUGCCGAAGAAGAAGAAGACCAAGAAGAAAGCUCGCCUGCGCAGAUCGCCGAAGGGGCGCGGCAGCUCUGGGGCGGCGAACCUCUGGGUCUCAAUUCGAAUAUUCGGAUCUAUCGGUAUUCGGCCGGACAGUUUUUCGGACAGCAUUACGAUGAGGCAAAUAAUGUAACAUUUACGCCGGCUUCUACGAAGGCGAAGGCGAAGGCGGUUGCUGGUCGGACGACUUGGACGCUGCUUGUUUAUUUGACUUCUUGUACGGGUGGGGAGACGGUAUUUUAUCCGGAGGCUACGAGGGAGAAUCGACGGCCGGAGCCGAUAGCUGUUUCGCCGGAGGUUGGGAUGGCGCUUUUGCAUCGACAUGGUGAUCAUUGUAUGAUUCAUGAGGGAAUGGAGGUUACGGGGGGAGAGAAGUGGGUGCUGAGGAGUGAUUUGGUUGUUCCGAGGUAA